AUGGCACUUAUAGCCAAAAACCUAACGGAGCUGCCUAUUACUGUUUUACAAAGAAUAUUCCUAUAUUCAAAUGCCGAAGAUCUCUACAGCUUAAGUCAAUCAUGCAUAUACUUCAAGUUAUUGUUAAGUCAAUACAAAGGUACUAAUGCAUCGUCCAUAUCUAGUAUGCUGUUCAAUCAUAGUGCUAGUUUAUUGAAUAAAAAUAAGCUUCUUUGGAUGAGUACUGAGCAGGAUGGUACGAUAUCAAAGUCGGUGAUAAGCUAUUUAAAUAACAUCAAAAAUAUUAAACACAGUUCGAAAGAGGAUGACGAAGAAUAUGAUAAUAUUACAUUGAUUAGUGAGUCACUUUCGACGCCUGUAAAGAAUAAACAUCUAUUACAUAAAAAUGAACUUCAUCCAGUGUCGCCAACUCUUUCGAAUGCCUCUAGAUCUUCUCCAAAUUCAAUAUUUUCUGAUAAUGAAUGGGAUCUUUCAAAUGACGACACGUUCAAUAGUAUAAUUGCAUCGGAAGAACAUAAAGACAGGGAAUCAAGCACAGAUUCUAUAUUAAAACUUAGAGAUUCAAAAAAGGUUAAAGAUAAGAAGAAAUUUUUUGAAAAACUAAUACUCAAGGAUAACGAAGUCUUGACAUCAGAGAAAUUGAAAAGAAGAGUAAGUUCUAACGAUCUUGUCCUACUUGAUGAAAAUAUUUUACCAAAAUCAAGUAAUCCUAGAGAUAUAUCGCAAAAAUAUUUGAAAGAAGUCCAAAGAAUAAAUUCAAAUGAUUCAACUGAGAAUCUAGGCAAGAAUAGUGAAAACCAAAGAUUGAAAAAUAAAGUGAAAAUGUAUGAAAAGAACAUCAUGCAAAUUAAUGCCUCUAAAGGUGUCAGUGUGAACUCUGGAACUUUGAAUCAUGGUAGAGGUAGAUUGCAGGUUAUAGUGACACCAGAUAAUAAGAUCUCGUACAAAAAAUUGUAA